UUCGGGUCUUAUCGGGCUCCCAGCUUGUAUUUUAACUGUUACAGACACUAACGUGUAGAGGGUUGCUUUCACACAUCUAUUUAAAUGCUAUAUAUUAUAAUAGUAACAACUCUGGGUUAGGUCGUGAAAUCGCUGGUCUGUUUCUGGUUGUGAAGAGAGACAGUGCAGGUGUUUCCGUGGCUCGCGCAGCGGCAAGGCUUCUAACGCAGUGGCAGCUGGGUAAGAUUCAUAGUCUACGUCAGCAGCAAGACAUCCAGAGGGAUGUGGCCAGCAGCGCUGUGAACCUUCGCGUCUCUCAACAGUUCAGUGUGUACACCGGUUGAAUGAGGCGACAGAUCGUCCAUGUGUGGCCUAGCGUUUAGAACACGGAAUAGCCCCUCGCAAAAGACUUCUCUCCGCUGGGGUGAUUGCUGUAACAACUGUCCUUCCUCCCACCACUGUCUCCUUCAUCUUCGCUAUCAACACUCCCUAUAGGAUGCCCCGAAACUGAGUAUAUCGACGAUGCGUACAAUUACAGCAUUCCUAAAGCAAUAUAGGUUUCCUCGGCCUGUGUAUACUUAGACGUAACUGAAGAUAUUACCGAACCACAUAACAUUUCUGUAUUAAGUGAGAUAUAUAAGAAUUGGUAUCGCUAGAAGAAACAACUAGAAUUCACUGCCUGCCCCAAAUACAAGAAAAUUUAUUGAAAGGAUAAUUGUUAUAGGUGACACAAGGAAUUGUAUAUAUAACUAUAUUCCUUUAGGGAAGUCGAUAGAAAUAUGUAAAGGACAUUCACCAGCACGAAGCUAUUAGCAUAGGACAUACCAUCUUCACUCGACAUGGAUAUCUGCGUAGUGAAAUAGCCAAUAGAGAAGAGAAUUGGGGCGAUUUCUCACAACCCUCAUCAUCAACGAAUUCCAAAUAACACAGAUUUGCUUCAGUUGCAGCGGCUUCGGCGUAUAACAUAUAUAUAUAGAGCAAGAGAGAAACAUAUUUUUGUGAUAGAUAUAAAUGUAUUUUUGUCUCGAUUAGUUUUUAAUGUGUGAUUAAUUUAAAUUUGUGAACAUUAUGAAGAAAUGAGGAGUUGUCAGUACCAAAAAUCCUAGAAGCAAAUACCCAACAGUAUUCAAUAUACUUGCCAAAAGAAAAAAAAAACAACGUAUUCUACGAAACCUCCAUCCACAGGAAUUGUUCUUCAGUCACCUGUCUCUCAAUACAGAAGCAGGACCGGCAAGAUGAUCAACAUCGCGGGCAUCAUCUCCAUCGUACUGUUCUACAUCCUGAUCUUAGCGGUGGGCCUGUGGGCGGCCCGCAAGAAGCAAUCCGGUGAUGACUCAGAGGAGGAGGUCAUGCUUGCUGGGAGGAGCAUUGGGCUCUUCGUCGGCAUAUUCACCAUGACUGCUACAUGGGUCGGAGGAGGGUACAUCAAUGGCACAGCCGAAGCAAUCUACACGUCAGGGUUGAUCUGGUGCCAGGCUCCUUUCGGUUACGCGCUCAGUCUCGUGUUUGGUGGAAUUUUCUUCGCAAACAAGAUGCGACAACAAGGAUACAUCACUAUGCUGGACCCCCUCCAGGACUCCUUCGGCGAGAGGAUGGGAGGACUCCUUUUCCUGCCUGCCCUCUGCGGGGAGGUGUUCUGGGCAGCCGGUAUACUGGCCGCUCUAGGGGCGACGUUGAGCGUCAUUAUCGAUAUGGACCACCGUACGAGCGUGAUCCUCAGUUCCUGCAUUGCCGUCUUCUAUACUCUGUUCGGAGGUCUUUACAGCGUCGCUUACACGGACGUCAUCCAGCUCUUCUGCAUCUUUAUCGGACUCUGGAUGUGCAUCCCAUUUGCGAUGUACAACGAACAUGUUGGAUCUCUGUCUCCGGAAGUUGUUGACUGGGUUGGCAGGGUGGAACCUGCCGAAUACUUUUAUUACCUGGACUACGGACUACUCCUUAUCUUCGGUGGAAUUCCGUGGCAAGUGUACUUCCAGAGAGUGUUAUCCAGCAAGACUGCAGGCAGAGCCCAGAUACUGUCAUAUGUCGCAGCUUUGGGAUGUAUCUUCAUGGCCAUCCCUCCUGUCCUCAUUGGUGCGAUUGCCAAGGCCACCCCGUGGAACGAGACGGGGUACAAAGGGGUGUACCCUCUGACAACGGAAGAAACCAGCAUGAUACUCCCUAUGGUUCUGCAAUACCUCACACCAAGCUUCGUGUCUUUCUUCGGCUUGGGCGCCGUUUCGGCUGCUGUCAUGUCGUCAGCGGAUUCCAGCGUCCUCUCAGCGAGUUCUAUGUUCGCAAGAAACGUCUACAAACUCAUCUUUCGGCAGAGGGCUUCAGAGAUGGAGAUUAUCUGGGUCAUGAGGGUUUCAAUCGUAAUUGUUGGAGUGUUGGCAACAGUGAUGGCUCUUACAAUCCCUUCAAUCUACGGUCUUUGGUCCAUGUGUUCUGAUCUGGUGUACGUUAUACUGUUUCCACAACUGCUGAUGGUCGUUCACUUCAAGCAUCACUGCAAUACGUACGGCAGUCUGUCAGCUUACAUCAUGGCCUUCUUCGUUAGAAUGACUGGGGGAGAGCCACUGCUUGGGCUACCUCCCAUGAUCCACUAUCCUGGCUGGGAUGGUGAACGUCAGCUGUUUCCAUUCCGGACUCUAGCCAUGCUCAUGUCCCUUGUUACGCUCAUCUUAGUCUCCUGGGGCACCAAGUGGGUGUUCGAGACAGGGAGACUGGCUCCAGGAUACGAUUUCUUCCGCUGCGUGGUCAACAUUCCGGAAGACGUGGAGCGAGUUGGCGAGCCUGCCGAAAGCGGCAAGCAGAUGUCUGUUAUGAUGAGCGCAAUGCGGCAGUAUGGUGCAGCAACAAUGGUUGGUAAAGACGAGAUGAACGGCCGUAUCAACCCGGCGCUGGAACCCGACGACGACAUGGACAUGGCCGAGGCUAUAGACGUGCCAAUAUCCCGUGGCGAAUCCAUGCAAAUGAAAACAUUCCCCAUCGUUUACUGAUGAUGACACACGGAUCUAAAGCUCAACCCUUCACAGGAGGUUUUGAGAACCACCGGAAGCUGAGUUCGGCUUCAACUGGCUUUUAAUUUUAUUUACAGGGACUCAGAAGUCUUUAUAAUGUACACAAAUAAACGUAGUGUUCAGCAAGUUUGUACUGUAAAGAACAUAUCACUGAAGUAUUAGACAGAGAAACGCAUAAUACAAAUUCCACCGUCAACGCAACUGUAAUGUUUUAAUUUAUGUUCCACUGAAUGGUGAUUUGCCGGUCACGG